AUGGCUGCCACUCCCACUGCCGUUCAUGUGAUAUGUUUCGCUUAUCUGCUGGCACUGAAAAGUGUAAUGGGAAAUCUAUGUGAAGAGUACGGAGAGUGCGGCCUUAAUGGCAUCUGCAAAUUGGAUGGAGAUUCCUCCACUUGCACAUGUCCUCGUGGAUUCCACUUUCUUGACGCCAAAAAAACUUCCCAGGGAUGCACCCAAAACGCGUCACAGCGGCUCAACAAAUGCGGAUCAACCGCAGAAAUGCAGUUUGUUGGCCGUUUUGAUUGGUCGGGAAACGAUUAUGAUAACAUAAACCCUAUCAACGAGACGGCAUGCCAGCAGGAAUGCCUCAAAGAUUGCUUUUGCACAGUUGCAAUCUAUUCCGAUUCUAGCGGGGUAGGGAACUGCUGGAAGAAAGCGUUGCCGCUCAGAGAUGGGCGUGCAAGCAGCACAAGAAGAGCUUUUGUCAAAGUAUAUGAAGAAUCCAUUCUUCCAAGGCCGCGAGAAGAAAGAAAAGGGAUAGCUCUUGCAGCGAUUGGAAUAAGUCUCAUGGGUUUCUGCUUGGCUGGUGCAGUGCUUGUCUUAGUAACUUGGAUCCGCGUGUGGCGCCCCAAACUGAGAGUUUGGGAAGAGGGGCAUAAGUUUAAUUCAGAGGGGCUGAAGGCUUUUAGUUAUUGCGAGAUGGAAGGUGCAACUCAAGGCUUCAAACAAGUGCUGGGAAGGGGUGCCUUCGGAAAGGUGUACAAAGGGAUUUUACCUGACGGAAGGGCAAUUGCUGUGAAGAAGCUUGAAAACAAUGCCCCAGAAUCUCAUAUUGGGGAAAAGGAGUUCAGAACAGAGAUCAUCACCAUAGGAUUGAGCCACCACAAAAAUCUUGUUCAACUGUAUGGUUUCUGCAACGAGGGGUCCUACAGAAUUCUGGUGUACGAGUACAUGCCAAAUGGGUCUCUUGAUAGGGUUUUAUUUCAUGGUCAGAGUCAUCUUGAUUGGGAUCUGCGUGUUAAUAUUGCUCUAGGGACGGCACGAGGAAUCUUAUAUUUGCACGAGGAGUGUAGAUCACAUAUUGUGCACUGCGAUAUAAAGCCUCAAAAUAUCCUGCUGGAUGAAAAUUACAAUGCUAAGUUAUCUGAUUUUGGGAUAGCCAAAUUGGUUGGAUCAGAACAGACACGGACAUUUACAGCAGCCCGUGGAACCUUGGGCUAUAUGGCACCUGAGUGGCAGAGGGGUAUGGCGAUUACUGUUAAAGUUGACGUUUAUAGCUUUGGAGUUAUGUUAUUGGAAAUCAUUUGUUGCAGGAAAAUGGCGAAGCUUGAUGUUCCAGAUAAUGAAGUUGUCUUGUCUGACUGGGCUUACGAUUGCUUGAAAGAUGGAGGGGUUGUGAAGCUAGUUGAACACCAGCACACAAGUGGUAUAAAUCCAAGACAGGUGGAACGAAUGGUGUUGAUAAGGCUGUGGUGCAUUCAAGAUGAUCCAUCUCUGAGGCCCUCCAUUAAAACAGUUGUUCAGAUGUUGGAAGGAACGGUUGAGAUUCCUGUGCCCCCACGUCAGGGUUUUCUUCACAGGGUUCCAUCUCGAUCAAUAUAUAGUUCUAAAAUACGUGCAAUUUGGCUCUAA